AUGGAAACCAAGCUUUUCGAUGUUCCUAUCACUGUCUCAAACUCAAUGUUAAGUUCCAAAUGUGAUUGCAAACGCAUUAGAAGAAUCAAUGAAGUCACACUUAUGGACUUUACGAGUGUGAUUAUGGUGGAAAUACUUUCAAGAUUGCCAAUGGAGUCCAUUUUCCGUUGUAAGAGUGUUUGCAAACGUUGGUAUAAUCUUUUUGCUGACCCUUUAUUUCUUAAGAUGUAUCACACAAGAUCACCUAAUUUUCCCUGUAUUUUGCUUUCAUUGGACUAUGUCUUGUUACUGCUUGAACUUAGAGCAGAUAAUUAUGAGUAUAAUUAUUGCAUUAUGUUGAACCGUAAGUUUCACCUCCCUCGACCCAGGGACUUGCUUUCAGUUGAUGAUGAUGACAUGUUUGGUUUUAGUUUUAUUGAAAGAAACUUGACAUUAGUUGGUUCAUGUAAUGGGUUCAUUUGUUUGUUGAAUGGCGCGACACAUGAUGAAUAUCAUUCGGUUUGCAUUAGCAAUCCUCUUUUGGGUGAGUAUUUCAAGGUUAGCUGUUGCCCAGUGGGAGAAAGUAUAGAAGUAUCUGAAUUGGAGAUUUAUACUCUUGGAGUUGAUGAUAACAAGUGGAGAAAUGUGGGCAAAGCUCCGAUACCUUUAUGGGGAAAACUAAGCAAUGUUAAUGUCAAUGGUUCUCUUCAUUGGAUGGAUGAUGAAAACAAAAGUGCCAGCAUUUACUCCUUUAAUACCGGGACAGAAGAAGUGAAGUCCCUGCCGACUCCACCUGGUCUAGAAGCUCCAUCCGUGUGGAUGACACUAGCGGAGUUGGGAAAUUGUCUAUGUUUGUCUGUUAAUAGUUCUUUUCAACAUAUGGAUAUAUGGUGGAUGAAAGAGGAUGGAAUAGCUGAAUCUUGGACUAAAGAUCGCAUUUUGAAGGAAUUUAUUCCGCUAGAUAUCCGUCAUGAUAGAUUUAUACCAAUAAUAAUUUGGAACGACGCGGAAAUCUUGAUGCAAAGCGAACGUGGCACACAGCUAGUUUCUUACAACCCAAAAGAGAAGAAGUUUAGGAAGGUCAAUUUAUGUGGUAGUGGCACUGCAGCGACUAGAUACAUUCCAAGCUUGUACUCGCUUCAGACUGUCAUGGGCGACAACUUUGAAGUCUCAAAUGUUUAUCGUAAAACUCGGAGAGUUUAG